GGACCCCGCAGAGGCCGGCGCUGCGCGGGGAGGGAGGAGGGAGAGCCGGGCAGCGCGCUGCAGGAGAGCGAUCCAGAUCCUCGUUGCUCGCCGGUUUUGGCCGAGACCCCCUAAGUUCAUGUUGGAACCACUGAGAGAAUAUGUCAAGUGUGUGUUUCACAGCGGGCCCUCGGUGUUGGCUAAAUUUGUGGUUUUAAGAAAUCCUGAGAACCGGAGGGCAGCCCUGGGAGAAGCCCUUCCCGGGGGCACUCGGAACCUUCUGGUCCAGAGGAGAAGGCGCUCCCCUCACCUGGACUUAUGACCCGCGGCUUCGCUCCCAGUCUGCCCACUGAGUUCCACAAGAUGGGCUCCUUCCGCAGGCCCAGGCCGCGUUUCAUGAGCUCCCCAGUGCUCAGCGAUCUGCCCCGGUUCCAAGCAGCCCGGCAGGCUCUGCAGCUCAGCUCCAACUCGGCCUGGAACAGCGUCCAGACUGCCGUGAUCAAUGUCUUCAAAGGAGGUGGCUUGCAAAGCAACGAGCUCUAUGCACUGAAUGAAAACAUCAGGAGGCUGCUGAAGAGUGAACUUGGAUCAUUCAUUACGGACUAUUUCCAGAACCAGCUUCUUGCAAAAGGCCUGUUGUUCGUGGAGGAGAAGAUUAAGCUGUGCGAAGGUGAAAAUCGCAUUGAGGCUCUGGCUGAAGUGUGGGACCACUUCUUCACUGAGACUCUCCCCACCCUGCAGGCAAUAUUUUAUCCAGUUCAGGGCCAGGAGCUGACCAUCCGUCAGAUCUCCCUGCUGGGCUUCCGUGACCUGGUGCUGCUGAAGGUGAAGCUUGGGGAUGUGCUGCUGCUGGCCCGGUCCCCGCCGCCCCCGUCCAUCGUCCAGAUGCUGCUCAUCCUGCAGAGUGUUCAUGAGCCCACGGGCCCCAGUGAGGGUUAUUUGCAGCUGGAGGAACUGGUGAAGCAAGUGGUGUCUCCCUUCCUGGGCAUCAGUGAGGACCGCGGCGUCUCGGGUCCCACGUACAUGGCGGCCAGACGCCACUCCAGGGUCCGGCCCAAGGUCGCGGUCCUGAGCUACGCCUGCCCGACGACCGCCCUCAGCCGGCCCCUGAACGAGACAGCUCUGACCCCACUGACGGAGCAGGAGGGGGAGGCCUACCUGGAGAAGUGCGGCAGCGUGCGGCGGCACACGGUGGCCAACGCCCACUCGGACAUCCAGCUGCUGGCGAUGGCCACCAUGAUGCACUCGGGCCUGGGUGAAGAGCCUGGCGGGGAGGACCAGUGCCUGCUCCUGCCGGCCAGCUUCUCGCCCCCGCACCGACAGUGCUCCAGCGAGCCCAACAUCACCGACAGCCCCGACGGCCUGGAGCAGGGGACCGCGGGCAGCCAGGAGGACUCCGAGCUGAACUGUGCUUCCCUCGGUUGAAUGCCCAGGCCCAGGACUUCCCAGCUCCGGCCUGCCACGGGCAUGAGAACGGCUCCAUCCCUGGGGUCCUUGGGGAGGGGGGCUCACCAAGGGACUCCUCCUGGAGGCCAAGUCCAAGUGCCCUGGUCGUGAACCUCUCCAUGUUCAUGACUGUGACCCCCUCUCUGCAGCCACACAGACCCAACUGCCUGAGGCUUUCUUUUUGCUUGCUUGACUCCAGAUACUCCUCUCUGGGCUCUUCCGCCAGAUUAGUGCUGUUGGCUGCUCCCGACCAUAUCGCCCGAGGCCCCUGGGCAUGAUGACAGCAGGAGGUCGGAUGAGCCGCCCACGAAGCUGGCAAGGGUGCGAUGGCCUGCGGAGCUCCCCUGUAGGGGCUGGUGACGCGGGGCUCCUAUAGCGGUACCUCUCCUCCCCUGUUCGGCGUGGGGUGAGAGCAGACGGCAGCUCCUGCCAAACAGGACGCUGGGAAUGCGCCUUCUUUAUUACACUUUCGGAAUUCCUGGGAAGAGUUGACCCCGGCGGGUGAGGGUCCUUCUCACCUGUAUCCAGAUCCUACAUGCCGCCUUUGGCUUUUGCUCCCAGGGGGCCACACGGCUAGAGAAACCCCCUCUUUGAUGAAGCCUCAGCGCUCUCCUCUCCAGCCUCCUCCCAAGCACAAAGAACUAACCUCCCUUGUGGAGUAGCUGGUGCCUUUGUUCCUCUCUCAUUUCAGAAACUGACCAUUUUCCUGCUGUGGGGUGUGGGGCCAGUGGAUGCCAACCAAGUAGUCUGUUCCUGGAUUUGACUUGAAUUUUUUAAAUGUGCAUCGUUUCAAAAAAAAAAAAAAAAUAGUUUGCAAAUAUUUGCACGUAGGAUCUUGCCCUGCUCAUUUCCAAGGGGGUUUGUCUUCAAACUAGAAGAUAAACAACUCCCCUCUUAGGAAAGGAGCCUGGAAGUGGCUCAGGGUGCAGGCUGGGUAGUGGUUGGGGCUGAUCAGCUGCGGAGCGCUGGAAGCAGCCGGACUUGAAUCCAGAGUGGCCUGUGUUUGUGAGCGUCACGGUCUAUAGCACCGAGGUGGGGAGCCUCAGUUUGCCUUGAGCAGAGGGUUGUGGUGAAUGGAAUGUCUCAGUGCUGUAUAGCAGGGGAAGAUGAGGGAGAUGUGGGCAGGACCUUUUAGAGAGAUGUUCAUUCCCUGUGACUGAAGAAGUACCUGGAAUUUCUAACAUCUGAGCUCUCAACGUGCUGUGUGGGGCAGCAGGCUUUGGUACUGUGCUGAAUCCUUGACACUGCUCCCUCCAGGUCUGGGCUCUUUGUCCACCUGGAACCACUGUUCUCUGUAUUUGCCUGUAUUUGUUGGCCGCACUGGUAACAGCUCCAGAAAAAAAAGAGAAGGCUCUCCUGAAUCCUUCUGGUACCUUCUAGGUGUCCUGUUAGUCUUUAGAAACCGUUAAUGAGGCAUGAGCUAGCUUGGCUUCCAAUAUGGCAGGAGGUGGCUGGCAGGGAACGAGGCCUUCUCAGCCUAUCUGAGCCUUGACGGCACAUCCCUUUUGGGCGAAGAUCUGGACUAGGACCAGAGUCAUGCUUUGGAUGGCCUGUACUUUGGAAAGUUUGUUUAAAAGGUUGUCUCAUUUUUAUUCUUCUAAGAGAAUGUGGAAGAGAAAUGCCCCAGGGAGAUCUUCGGAGAAUUUCAAACGAAAAAAAUCAUCUCUGUGUCUGCGUUGGGUGAGGUCCACAAAUUGACUAACGUGCAUUAGCGAUCUAGAACAUCCGUGAGUAACAGCGUGAUGGUUUCUUUCACUGGUGGUGUCUGUCCUUACUGGUACACUUAGCACUUGGGACUAGUAUUUAUUGAUCCAGGCAAAGUCAUUAAUCACGCCUGGGUUUGCUUUUUUAGUUUACAACAUGAAUGAUAUAUACGCUUUUAAAUGCCUUGUGUGUCUCCUUUAGGAGAACAGCAGUCAUGGGUUAAACGUGAGCUGUUGGGUGGAGAACCGGAGGGUCGGGAUAACCCCAGGACACUCCACGGCUGAUGACGGUCAGCCAGUUGACGAUUUCACCCUUGAUGUCCUGCCCGAUACUGUGCAGCGUCUCUUUUAGACUCUACGGAAAAAAAUGUUGUUGACGUUUAUGGGCAUUUUAGCCAUCAGAGCUGUAGCGAGAGGGACAGCUGUCGUGUUUGUAAGCUCUUCUUCUCCCUCUGUGAGAUAAGCUAGGAUCUCCUGGGGGCUGCGUUUUAAGGACAGGAAGCUAUCACGACUCCGAGCUCUGGGUGAGCUCACAACCCAAAAACGUUUCGUGUUGUCCGUUUCCAAAAUAGAUUCAAUAAACAUGGUUUUGUACACGUCA